ACUUUCCAGGAACUAAACCAAAGUAAUACACAUCAAUUUUACUUUUAACAUUUUAAUCAAUCUUUGUGCUAUCAGUUUUUUUUCCUUAAGAAAAAAAAAUGGCUGAUAUUGAGGGAGAACCAGGGAGUUCUAUGCAUGGAGUCACUGGUAGAGAGCCAGUUCUUGCUUUUUCAGCGGCUUCUCCGAUGGUGCCAACCGAUACCACGGCAAAAUUUUCAGUACCAGUUGAUACUGAACACAAAGCCAAGGUUUUUAAAUUUUAUUCAUUUUCAAAGCCUCAUGGUCUUACUUUCCAGCUCUCCUGGAUUUCUUUCUUCACUUGUUUUGUUUCAACUUUUGCUGCUGCCCCUUUAGUUCCUAUCAUUAGGGACAACCUUAAUUUAACCAAAAUGGAUGUUGGUAAUGCCGGAGUUGCUUCCGUUUCCGGAAGUAUUUUAUCUAGGCUUGUUAUGGGUGCAGUUUGUGAUAUGUUAGGGCCAAGAUAUGGCUGUGCAUUUCUGAUUAUGUUGUCAGCCCCAACUGUAUUUUGCAUGUCAUUUGUGUCGUCCGCUGGAGGAUAUGUUGCUGUCCGGUUCAUGAUUGGAUUCUCGCUAGCAACAUUUGUGUCGUGCCAAUAUUGGAUGAGUACUAUGUUUAAUAGUCAGAUUAUUGGACUUGUCAAUGGAACAGCUGCAGGAUGGGGAAAUAUGGGUGGUGGUGCGACUCAACUUAUUAUGCCAAUUCUGUAUGAUAUAAUAAGAAGAGCAGGUGCAACUCCAUUCACUGCUUGGAGAAUUGCAUUUUUCAUUCCUGGUUGGCUUCAUGUUGUAAUGGGUAUUUUGGUAUUGACUCUUGGCCAAGAUUUGCCUGAUGGGAACCGUGGUGAUUUACAGAAGAAGGGCAAUGUUUCUAAAGAUAAAUUUUCCAACAUAUUGUGGUACGCUGCAACAAACUACAGGACUUGGAUCUUUGUCCUUCUCUACGGAUACUCUAUGGGAGUUGAACUGUCUACGGACAACGUAAUUGCGGAGUACUUCUUCGACAGAUUUGAUCUAAAGCUUCACACAGCGGGAAUUAUUGCAGCGACAUUUGGUAUGGCUAAUUUAUUAGCUCGUCCAUUCGGAGGAUUUUCUUCAGAUUACGCAGCCAAAAGAUUCGGCAUGAGGGGUAGACUUUGGGUCCUUUGGAUACUACAAACACUCGGAGGAGUAUUCUGCGUCCUGUUGGGCCGUUCAAAUUCUCUGCCCAUAGCCGUCACAUUCAUGAUCCUUUUCUCUAUUGGUGCUCAAGCUGCUUGUGGUGCAACAUUCGGUAUUAUUCCCUUCAUUUCUCGCCGAUCAUUAGGUAUAAUCUCAGGAAUGACUGGAGCUGGAGGAAAUUUCGGUUCUGGAUUGACACAACUGUUGUUCUUCACGAGCUCAAAAUACUCGACAGCAACAGGGCUAACUUACAUGGGACUAAUGAUCAUAGGAUGCACUCUUCCUGUGACUUUCUGUCAUUUCCCACAAUGGGGAAGCAUGUUUUUCCCACCAACAAAAGACCCCGUUAAGGGAAGCGAGGAACAUUAUUAUGCCGCAGAGUACACCGAAGCUGAGCGGCAGAAAGGUAUGCACCAAAACAGCUUGAAGUUCGCCGAGAACUGUCGAUCAGAGCGGGGCAAGCGCGUGGCAUCGGCACCUACUCCUCCAAAUUUAACGCCUAAUCGUGUCUGAGUUUCUCUGAUUUGAUAAUUUUCUCUAAGGGGAUGGAUGAUUGUCAAUCUCUUAUUGAUGGUUCAAUGAGUCUCAAUAAGUAGAGAUUUAAAGAAUGUACCCUGAAUUUUCUUCUCUGUCUUUUUUUUUUUGUGUGGUUACAUAUCUGGAUUUGAAAUUAUAUACGAAAAAUUUUCAAGUA